AUGUCCCAAGCCAAUGAGGGUUAAUCCCUGACCGCUCUCCUGCAGAUCUCCUCCGACAUGCGCAAGGAACUGGUCCUGUCGAUAAUCGUCUUUACCAUUGGUGUGACCCUUGGUUUUGGCGGUACCUCCAGUCUCUUCAGCAGUUCCUACCUUACCACGGCUUUUCUUGUCUUCGUGGUGGUGCUUACUGGGGAUGCUAUCUUUUAUAAUGCUGGAUUGUAUCCACUGGGCGACUGUGAACGGAUUGUCACCCUGACUGAAUGUCAGCGAGUGCAAAACAACACAAUUCCAGUUCUCUCAUUUCGAUCACUUCCCGCCAUCUUUCAUGCCGUGGAAGAGUUUGACAUCUAUUUGACGCUCCUGCUAUUGGAUCAGUCAUUUUGGCAGGGAAUAUUGAGUUCUGAACCUGAAACCAGUGGAUUUAACCUAAUAGCCAGCGGAUUUUUCUAUCUUCCGGUGGGGGCUGUCUUCGGCACAGCCUGUGGAUUGGGCUACUUUGCUCUCAACAUGAGUUAUGGACAAGUCAUGCUCUCAGACCUGAUGGAGCGUUUAGGCAAGUUCAACACCUCCUACACAGUUUUUCCUGAAGCAGUAGUGAGACGAAAAAAGGGUUUUCCACCCGCAUGGAUGGGGGCGGUGAGACCAAUCACCCUCGGUAGAUGCCAACACGACUCCUCAAAAAUUGAAACUGGGGCACGUUGCCAUCGCAUCCUGGACAGCCUUGUAAUGGUCUUCUCUGGAUGGUCCACUGUUUGCGUCCCUCUCGAAGAGCAUCAGACAGGAAAGAUGUCAUUAGAGCGCUUUUCGCGUCACCUUAAUGUUGAUGACAUAAAGACUGGCCUUUUAGAAUCGAACUCGUUCCUUUCACUCAUUAAUGUGUCUCUCGUAACUCGCAGUGGUCUAAUAGGUUACUCUGUGUUGGAGUUCAUCUUUGGUCGCUUCGGACCCGUCCUCUUCAACACUAUCAUAGUGUGUACGGUGACAUCCUGCACUUGCUCGGAGGUGAUAUCCAUCAGCACCAUCUUUGUCGUCGAUGUCUACAUGACCUACAUUCGGCCAUUCAAGAAGACAAAGGAGAUGAACAGUUGUGUCUUGUGCGGACUGAGACGCGCUCGCAGCGGCGAGAGUAAGGAGAGGUGUCGCUGCAAAAGUAUGGCAGCCUGUGUCCACUGUCAAAGGGAUGACAAUCAGCAGAACUUUUCAGGCGGUACAAUUUCUCGUCUCCCUCAUAAAAAGGCGAUUUAA